AUCAGUCAUCCCCAAACCCCUGUCAAUAUGAAUCUUAUGUUUCCCAAGUUGAGUGGUGAAAGUGCUUAUUCACUGAUGGCACUUCUUGGCGCAAAUAUAAUAGUGCACAACUUUUAUACUCAUUCGUCAUUUGUUCAGAGAAGAUCUUCGGUGCUUACCCUUGGCUCCCUGUUUCACGACCACCUUUUCUCUAUAUUAUUUAUAAUUACGGGGAUUUUUCUUGUGAAUUAUAUUCUCCUAAGCUCAGCAGCAGAUGAAUCCAGUGCCACAAUGGUCAUGAACUUCCAAGAUGCUAUGGAGUUAAUGCACCAGGAGUGAUGCACUGUUCAUUUCUGAAGCUUGUUUGUCGGAGUACUGGAUUGUGAUGGCUGCAGCUUAGAUAAGGAUAGUAACGAGAGGGUACGAACAAGGGCCUGAAUUUGAUAAAAACAGUUGGCUGUCAGGUCCUGUGGGGUGGAUCCACACCGAGCUUGUGAGCUUUUUUUUUCCUUUCUGAAAAGGCUUUUGUUGACCAUCACUGUCUCUGCACAAUGGAUGGUGUGCGGUGUGUAGACUCUCUGGCUGCUGGGGUUGCUCCGCAUAAUUCUUUCCGGACCCUUGGACCGACACUCCUGAUUUCAAUGGCGUAUCUUGACCUCGGAAAGUGGUUGGUGACAUUGGAAUCUGGGUAUCGGUUUGGGUAUGAUCUUGUGCUGCUGAUGCUGUGUUUCAAUUUGUCGGCCAUUCUAUGUCAGUAUCUCUCAAGUUGUAUUGGCAUGGUCACCGGGAAGAACCUUGCAGAGAUUUGCCGCCAGGAGUACAGUCGGCCGAUAUGUAUUGUUCUUGGUCUUCUGGCAGGACUGUCCUUGUUAACUUCUGAAGUGUCCAUGAUUGCAGGCACAGCAGUUGGGUUCAAACUUGUAUUUGAAUACGAUGAUCUUUUGACAGUCGUAUGGUUUACAAGUGUUGUAGUGAAUCUGCUACCAUACACGCUGUCCCUUCUGGACAAGAGGAUGGCUGGAAUGUUUAAUACCUACUUAGCUGGCUUCACACUUGUUUGUUUUGUGCUUGGUCUACUGGUUAGUCAUCCCAAAACCUCUGUUGAUAUGAAUGUAAUGUUCCCCAAGUUGAGUGGUGAAAAUGCUUACUCACUGAUGGCGCUACUUGGUACAAAUAUAAUAGUGCACAGCUUCUAUACUCAUUCAUCAGUUGUUCAGGUUCAGAGAAGAUUUCCGGUUCUUACCCUUGGUUCCCUGUUUCAUGAUCACUUUUUCUCUAUAGUUUUAUCCUUUUCUGGGAUUUUUCUUGUGAACUAUAUUCUGCUGAGCUCAGCGGCAGAUGAAUCAAAAAACGCAAUGGCCAUUCACUUUCAAGAGGCAGUACAGUUAAUGAAUGAGAUAUUUACAAAUCCUGUGGCACCAAUUGUGUUAUUGGUGAUCCUUGUCUUUUCUGGCCAUAUCAUCUCAAUGACCUGUAUUAUUGGAAACGAUGUAAUUUCAGAGAAUCUCUUUGGUGUUAAAUUGCCUCUGUUUGCACAUCAUAUCCUACCUAAAGUUUUAGCCAUGAUGACUACUAUCUACCAUGCGAAGGUUGCAGGUUCCGAUGGGUUAUAUCAGUUACUUAUCAUGUGUCCACUUAUCCAGGCUAUGUUUCUUCCUGCAUCUGUUAUACCUGUUUUCCGUGUUUCUUCAUCAAGAUUAUUAAUGGGAAGAUACAAAAUGUCAACGUAUGUUGAAAUACUGGCCUUCCUUGCAUUUCUUCUUACGCUGUUUACAAAUAUCAUUUUCAUGGCGGAAAUUCUUUUUGGUGAUAGCACUUGGACAAAUGAUCUGAAAGGAAAAGGAAAUACUGGACGCCCUAUUGUACUUCCUUAUGCUGCUGUAGUCCUAAUCUCGUGUGCAUCUAUUGUUUUUACACUGUUCCUUGCUGUUAAUCCACUAAAAUCAGCAUGUAUUGAAGCUGAGGAACUGCUGUCAUUGGUCCACCCACAGAGAAAAACAUUGGACAAUGCUCAUCAUAACCAAGCGGCUUCUCUUGAGCAUUCCAAAACAACUUCCGAGCAUAUUGGUCAUUCCAAAUCAGCUUUUGAGCAUAAUGGCAGUUCUGAUACUACUAUACAAUCAACUGAUCAUAUGGUUAUUAAUCCCGAAGCUCAGCCCUCACCGUCUAUAUAUCGUGAGGAGACAAAAACAGCUGUGGUUGACACUGCCAGUGUCAAAAGUUUGUAGUGCCACCACCGUAGAGCAUUAGAGAACUUCAAUGUUAAUAGAUUAACUGAAAAGGAUGCCUAGGUAGAUGCAAAUGCUUGGAGGAACAAGGAUUCUGUUGUGGCACAGAAUCUGGUUCGAGACCUCACCUGGUGGUACUGGAACUCUGUAAUGCGUCUCCAUCCUUUACUUUUGAGUAAGGAAGAAGACAGUGAUGCGGGUAGUCUCUGUAGUAGCCUCUCAACACACUAUUGUUUCGGCUCGUGCUGCAAGAAGGCAGUCAGGCACAGCAACUUCCUAGAUCUUCUUAAUCUCAUAUUCCUAACUAUACUGACUUGUCCAGUUGUCCAUGCAUGUUCCUAAACAAAUGUGCUUGGUUCAAAAUACUUUGCUGAAUGAAGCAAAUUCGGAUAGUGGUGUCAGAAAUCAGGUGCACCUUUGUAAGAUGCAUGUGGAAAAUCACAAUAUGUGGACUCAACAACCAAGUUGUAGUCUCGAAAUUUCAGAUAAGUGGGGUUCUUGCAGCAUAACCUUCAGAGAGAUUUCCGCUCUGUGCAGUCGAGUAUGAACACCAACAUCAAUAAAUCCCUUCAGACCUACCAAAUAUUUGGUGUGGAAAGAACAGAAUUGAACGAGUGAGGUGAUCACUGGCCGGAGAAAUAAGGCUUGCAUUCUUGACCUGAGGGAGUCCUUUGGACCGCAUUUCUUCAUAUCGCGAGAACAGGGACGUGUUUGUUGCCUUGAAAGAGCAGCCUAGUUGAAGAUGCAAAGCCCAUCAGCUGGGACUUUCACCACACUACCGCAGCAUCUGCGAUCCUGCAGGCGAUCAAGGACGUUGAGGCGAGGUGCAACAUCGGUACGUGAUGACGAGAACUGUGCAUGAUUGAAAAUUUCGCUGCAACCUGGCAUGGUCUUCUGGGUGUUGUUCUUCAAUCUACUUCCUAUGACUUUGGACGGGCACAUCACGGAGUUCCGCCCGGGAUUCUUCUCCUGGUUCCUGAAAACCGUGCCGCUCAGGUUCAGUAAAUACGCAUGAACUCAGAUCAGAUGCAAAUAUGUAUGCCGUCAUUUUGGAUGUGAUGGUUCUGCGCCGUGUGCCGCGUGCGUGCUGAUGUGCGACGCCGGCCUUGGAAAUCUGAUUUCCAUUCGCUGAUGAGGGAGGACAUCUCUCCGCACGACGUGUGCCCACUCCUUCAGCUAGUUUGGUCUGGCUACUGCGGCCGUGUGGGGUGGUUCGUACGGAGAUGACUGUCGUGCCUCUUCUGCUGGGUUGGUGGAGCUGCUGCUGUUGCUUGCUGUGUGAAGCUCCAUUCAUGGCCGCUGAGCUUGGCGCACCGUCGACAUCUGCAGGUCCUCUUCCUCCCGUGCAUAACAGUACUCCUACGGAUGAGGCCGGGUGACCUUGUGAACAUGUGUAUAAUCGCUCUCGGUUCUUGGGCCUCGAAUGAAGCAACAACCGGUGUGAGAUCCAUCCUUUGUGCAGUAUAUUUCAUUCGUGAAGCAGGUGGCAUGAGUACA